AUUGUUGUUGGCGCCAAAAAAUUUCAAUCCAUUCAAACAAAGAAAAAGCAUACACAUGUCCACUGUUGUGUACUUUUAAAUUUUAAAUUCCAUCAUUUAUUCAUAACCUUUUAAUAAAUUUUUCUCUAAAAAUGUUCAUUCGAGAUUAUGAAAAAGAUAAAGAAAUUAUUCGUAAAGUGAUUCUCGGUCCGAAUUAUACGGAAAAAUUAAUCAAGAUUGCCGACCGAGACGAAAUCAUAUUGUCAAUCGAUUUGGAUGAUGUCGAAAAAGUUGAUCCAGAUUUAUGUGCAGCAAUCGUUAACAAUACGAAACGCUAUGUUCAACUAUUCUGUCAAGUUGUCGAUGAAAUUUUGCCAGAUUUUCGUGUGAGAGAAAAUGUUUCUAAAGAUAAGUUGGACGUAUUCAUUGAACAUCGUAUUCUGGCCGAGAUGCGUAAUCGUCAAGAAGAAAAUCAAGGUGAUUUAAGCGCACAGAAUAUUGCUACUAAAUAUCCACCUGAAUUGAUGCGUCGAUAUGAACUUUAUUUUAAACCGCCAACUACACAAAAACCGAUUCCUGUUCGUCAGGUACGUGGCAAAGAUAUUGGUAAAUUGGUUUCAAUAACUGGUGUGGUUACUCGAUGUGCCGAAGUGAAACCAUUGAUGGUGGUUGCCACCUACACUUGCGAUUCAUGUGGUUCUGAAACUUAUCAACCGAUCGGUUCACAAUCAUUCAUGCCAUUGGAACGUUGUACUAGCCAAGAAUGUAAAGCUAAUAAAACAUCGGGCCGAUUAAGUCUACAAUCACGUGGUUCGAAAUUUAUGAAAUUUCAGGAGAUACGCGUGCAAGAACAUAGCCGCGAUGUUCCCGUAGGUAAUAUUCCGCGUAGUAUCAGUGCUAUUUGUCGUGGUGAAAUGACCCGACAAUGUGCACCCGGUGAUCAUGUCAAUGUAUCUGGUAUAUUUUUGCCAAUAAAUCGAACUGGAUUCCGACAAAUGGUCGCUGGUUUACUUGCUGAUACAUACAUUGAAACGCAUUGUAUUUCAGUUACGAAUAAAACGUUGGAAGAAGACGAAUACGAUAUGACUGAUGAAGAAUUUAUCAGAAUGAUUGAAAAUGAAAAUAUUAAUAUUAAUCGAUUGGCAAGCAGUAUCGCUCCAGAAAUUUACGGCCAUUUAGAUCUUAAAAAAGCUUUACUUUUAUUAUUAGUUGGUGGUGUGGAUCAGAACACUGCAGGUAUGAAAAUUCGUGGAGCUAUCAACAUUUGUUUAAUGGGCGAUCCUGGUGUGGCUAAAUCUCAAUUGCUUGGCUUUAUCGAUCGAGUUGCUACACGAAGUGUCUAUACAAAUGGCCGAGGUUCAUCGGGUGUUGGUUUGACUGCAGCCGUUAUGAAAGAUUCGAUUACUGGAGAGUUUGUUCUUGAAGGUGGUGCUUUAGUAUUAGCCGAUCAAGGCAUCUGUUGUAUUGAUGAAUUCGAUAAGAUGCUUGAAGCAGAUCGUACAGCCAUACACGAAGUGAUGGAACAGCAAACAAUUUCGAUUGCCAAAGCUGGUAUUAUGACCACCUUGAAUGCUAGAGUAUCGAUUUUGGCUGCUGCCAAUCCAGUAUAUGGGCGAUAUAAUACAAAAAAAUCAAUCGAACAUAAUAUUCAACUUCCAGCAGCUUUAUUGUCUCGUUUUGAUCUUUUGUGGUUGAUUACGGAUCAGCCGGACAAAGAUAAUGAUUUUAAAUUGGCCCAGCAUAUUGCCUACGUACACCAGAAUUGUACGCAGCCUAAGCUCCAAUUUGAACCAUUGUCAAUCAAAGUAAUGCGUCGUUUUAUCCAAGUUGCACGCCGUCAUAAUCCAGUGAUACCACCGCAUCUAACAGAAGAUAUUGUUGCUGCAUACAUCAAUAUGCGAAAUGAAGCUCGAAAUAAUCAGAAUAUGACUUUCACUUCCCCACGAACAUUGUUGGCAAUAUUACGUUUAUCGACUGCUUUGGCAAGGAUUCGACUUGCUGACACCGUUGACCGCGUCGAUAUUUGUGAAGCUAUGCGAUUGAUUGCCGCAUCCAAAGCCUCUAUUCAACCAAAUCAAGAGGAUAAACCUGCUGUAUCGAAAAUCACUAAAAUCUAUCAAAUCAUUCAUAAUAUGGCUGAAGAUCGUGUGGUGAAUAUGGCCGAUGCUAUUGAACGUUGUAUCAUUCUUGGAUAUUCAAACGAUGAUAUCGAAGAAGCCAUUGAAGAAUUCGAAAAUAACAACAUGUGGAGUGUUACCAAAGAUGGAUCUCGUAUUCUUUUUGUCUAACUUUUGAUUAUUUAAUAAUUUGUAUUUUAAUCUCAAUCUUUUACUUGAUAUUAAUGAAUGGAUUUUAAUUA